CGCAGUCGCAGUAACCAUCUCUUGCUUGAAGCUUUCAUUCCUAUCUAGUUUUGUCUUUUAAUAAUUGAUACGAAGAGCUAAAAGAUGUUAAGAUUUUUUAACGUUACUUAGAGGUUAAAAACAUAAAUGCUGCUCGCAUCGAAACAACAGGAAAUGCAGGACUGCUGUGGCCCGGAUGUUGGAUAGUUUUUUUUUUUUUUUUUUUUUUUUCCGCGACUUCGGUGGAUUCAUUCUCUGUGUUUGUGUUGUAUCCUAUGUUAGGUCGACUCACCGAUUAAGUGUGUUAUGGUAUAUUCGUGCAGCGCUGGGCCUUUUGCAGGCCCAGCCAAUGAACUUAUAUUUUUGUGCUGCUACCUGACAUGAAUAGAUCGCCUAAUGUCAAUUUUGAAAGGAUUGAAGAGGCUGAUCUUAAGUUGCAGUUUCAAUUUAAUAAGUGCCUUAAUGAAAAACUACAUAGGGAGUCAUCAAACGACUACCUAGAUGAGCUAGCAGGGUAUAUUUCUGCUAGUGCCUCUGACAUGUGUUCCCUCUCUGUCAACCCUGACAAGUGUGCCAUACUGCAGGAAACAGUCAACCAAAUCCGUCAAAUUAAACUUGCUGAGGAGUGUGGUUCAAGUGAUGACCUUCAGAAGAGUGAAGUUUCAUCCAGUAAACCAAACUUCUUUGGCAGUGAUCAUCUAGGUCCUCUUUUACUUCAUGCAUUAGAUGGUUUCUUGUUUAUGGUAAACACAGAUGGCAAGAUAGAGUUUGUUACAACUAAUGUGAAGUCUUUUCUGAAAUAUAGUCAGGAGAGUCUUAUUGAUAAAAGUAUAUACAAUAUAAUUCACGUAGGAGAUCACGCUAGAUUUAGCAGCAACUUGUUACCGAUGUCAAUAGGUAAUGGGUUUGGCUGGUCUGAACCUAAUACGUCAGUCAGCAAAAGCCGUUCCUUCAAUUGCCGCUUCCUGAUCAAGCCUCCUGAAGAUCAGGAAGAAACUAUGGAAGAGAAGCAAACUCGAAUAUCUCAGUAUGAAAAUAUGCAAAUUUCUGCUGUCUUAUUGCCCUUUUCCGGAGAGAAAUCUGAAGCUGAUGAGUUGGAUGCAGAUAUUCAGAACCAUUUGGUAUGUGUUGCCAGACGUUUACCUCCAAGUGAAAAAAGUAAUAUACCAGGAGUAGAACAAUUUGUAACUCGUUUGGAUCUUGGAGGGAAAAUUAUAUCAGUUGAUACAAGUGGGGUGUCUGCUACAUAUAGUCAGUAUCUCAAUAAAGAUCUAGUGGGGCGAAUAAUUUUAGAACUGUGUCACCCUGAUGAUAUUCAGAAGCUUACUCAACAUUUAAAAGAAACCCUCCAGCAAGGCAGUAACACCAGUGGCAUCUAUAGAUUAAGACUAGCUCACGAGAAAGUUGUUCACGUGCAAACAAAAAGCAAACGUUUAAGCUGUAACCCUAUGGCCAGUGACCAAGAGAUUAUUGUUGCUAAUCAUACUGUUAUAAGGGACAGUGAUCAUUGCUUGGAAAAUAGUGCAUUAAUUCCUCAAAGAAGCAAUCCCUCGCCUGCUAGUGUAACAUCACUCAGCAACAAUAUGAAUGGGAAUUCCUAUACCUUUACUUCUUUAAGUCCCCAAGAUUUUAAUCUCAAUGACAUUGGACUGGAUUUUUUGCCUUCUUCCAGCUGGGAUUUGGGUAGCAGUGAAGGCCAAGAUAUAGGAGAUAAUGCAAAUUUAUCUACUUCACUGGGAGGGCCAUCGACUCCAGUCAGUACCAACAAUUCAGGUGCUCAGCAACGAACUCAGCAUCCAUCUGGCAGUGCCUUCAGUCCGGAACUGAUAUCUGGUAGGGGCUCGCCCUCCACUAGGUCUCCAGCUCAGCUUAGUGCUACCGGAAGUCCUGCUCCUGGCAGGGUUACUCCAUAUACGAACACCUUUCCUUUUAGCCCUGUAUCUUCACAAGCUGUUAGUAGGACUUCCUCCCCAGCACCGAAUCUUAUAAAGCGUGAAGAGUCUACGGCUCUGAAUAAUAAUGACCUCUCCACUCUAAGUCCUAUGGGAGGCUUGAUAGGUGAUAGCAAAAACUCCACAAACAACGCAGCUCAAAAACUGCGCAAUCUCCUUACACACGGAAUUGAGGAGGCUGAUUCAUCUGUUCCUAAAAACUCUUCUGAAAAAGAGGACACUGCUGGCGAUACAGAAAAUGGUUUUGUGUCUUGCAAUAGCGCGGAUGCUGUGUCUUCACGAAAUGAAAACAUUAUCCUUCGAGAACUUUUGAAUCAAGAAGAUGAAGAUAUAUGUGAUGAUAACACAAAAAAUAUUUCAUGUGAUUCAAACUGUAAUGUUAACAUAACUGAUAUAUGUACAAAUGAUGCCCUACAAAAGAGAACUGUAAAUAACAAUAACAUGCUAAGAAAACUUCUUAACAACAAUGAUGAUGAUAAAAGUCUUAAGAAAAAUCAAGAUCUUCUAAUUCAGCAUCUUCUGAAGACAGAAGGCAAA